GUCUUGGGAAGGUAAAGGUACAGGGAACACCGUGCCAACACUUGGAUGUUAUAAAAUGUCGUGGAUGAGGAUGGAUGAAGAGCCUCCACGUAGUUAAUAAUCAGCCGAGAUCAGUGGUGCAUGGCUCAUCAGUCACUGGGUCCCAGGUGUUAGGAACCCCCCCACACACACACACACGCUAUGGAGACAUAACACAAGACCGCUGUUUCCAGGUUAUGAUAAUAGAUUGUAACGGGGUGAUAUCCUCCAUCUAACGAUGAAUCAGCCCAUUUACCACAUUGCGUCUUGUCACCUGUUGAUUCCUGACUUCCUUGCCAACUGCCUACCAAAGGACAUUCAGCUACGCUGAAACUCAUGUUUGAACAUUGUCUGUGGUCAUUAUAGCACCAUGAAAGGGGAUGCCACCGCCAACCCUGAUACAGAUGUCACAUGGGAGGUGAAAGCAAACAACCGCCACUUCCACAAACAUCAACGGAGACAAUCCUUUUUGUGUUUCCACUGGGGCAGAUACGGCGAUAAUGUGGUGCGCAGUUUUAAGUACUCCCCAUUGACCUUCCUGCCCCUGACGCUCUACGAACAGUUCCAGAGGGCAGCCAACCUCUACUUCCUCCUCGUCGUGGUGAUGCAGUGUGUCCCUGUCAUCUCGUCCAUACCCUGGUACACCACCAUCAUCCCUCUGUUCAUAGUGCUGUCAGUACGGGGGGUCAAAGACCUGGCCAAUGACCUGGCCAGGAGACGCAGUGACUCUCAGAUUAAUAGGAGAAGCUGUGAUGUGCUCAUCUCCCAGAGUUUCAGCCCAUCGCAGUGGAAGGACGUAUGUGUGGGAGAUGUGUUGCGGAUUCACAAAGACCAGAUCAUCCCGGCGGAUUUGCUUCUCCUUUGCAGUUCAGAGCCUCACAGCCUGUGCUACGUAGAGACAAUGGACAUUGAUGGAGAGACCAACCUAAAGUACCGGCAGGCCCUGGCUGCCACCCACACAGAGAUGACCUCUAACCCCACAGAGCAGACACUGGCUGCCUUUGAUGGCACCGUGUUUUGUGAGGAGCCUAACAAUCGACUGUAUACCUUCCGAGGUGAGCUCCACUGGAGAGGAGAGUGCCACCAUCUGGACAGUGAACACAUCCUGCUUAGAGGAACAGUGCUUCGCAACACAGACGCCGUCUAUGGGGUGGCGGUAUAUACUGGUUCAGACACGAAGAUCCUUCGUAAUGUUGGUCGGCACAGAGUUAAGAUGACUCACAUUGAGAAGUUGCUGAACAAUGUGGUCAUUGGAAUAGUGCUGUUCCUACUUUUAGUGGCUCUACUACUGGCUGUAGGGUCGGGGGUGUUUAGGAGGAGUGUGGUGCCCCAGAUGGAGUUUCUGUCUGUAAUAACGAGUGUCAACUCACCAGAAUACACAGCCUUCCUCACUUUCUGGAGCUAUGUGAUCUUGCUAAGCCCGGCCAUGCCCAUGUCUCUUUACAUCACGUUUGAGAUGAUCCACGUGGUCCACAGCCUGUUUAUAGGCUGGGACGUGGAGAUGCGAGGUGGGGAAGACAAUUCCAUCCCAGCUCAGGCCCGGAAUACUUCUCUAAAUGAGGAGCUGGGUCAGGUGGGACACCUGCUGAGUGACAAGACCGGCACCUUGACCCAAAACCACCUGCUUUUUAGACAGUGCUGCAUUGCCGGUGAAAUCUACGGAGACACGUCAGUCAGUGCAGAGGAGUCAGAGACGUUAGACCUGAGCUGGAACCCGUUCUCCUGUGGCGGUCUGCAUUUGUCCGACCAACGGCUGGUGGACAGGCUGAGAGGACAGCGGUGUCCGGACAGCAAGCAGUUCCUCACCGCCCUGACGCUCUGCCACACAGUCAUGACAGAAUGGAGGGAAGGAGCCCUGGUGUAUCAGGCUGCAUCCCCAGAUGAGGAAGCCCUGGUGGGAGCCGCCAGGGAACUGGGCUGGGUCUUCCUGUCCAGGACCCGAGACUCUCUGACUAUCAACGAGCUGGGCCUCCAACGCCAUUAUCAUCUCCUUACAAUACUUGAUUUCACCAGCCAGAGGAGACGCAUGUCUGUAUUGGUGCGGGAGCCAGAGGGAGGGUUGAAGUUAUACUGUAAAGGUGCUGACAUUGUGAUCUUGGAGAGACUACAAAAAGACUGUCCACAUCUGGAGAGCACUGAGAGAGCCUUAGAUCUGUUUGCCCAAUCCAGUCUCAGAACGCUGUGUAUAGCUGAACGCUCUGUACCUGAGGCCAAAUGGAAAGAGUGGUGCAAAACCCUGCACCAGACUGUCGUCUUGACAACCCAUGACCGGGAGGACAUUCUGGAGCAGCUUUAUGAUGACAUGGAGAGAGACCUAAAGCUGCUGGGGGUGACGGCUAUUGAAGACCGACUGCAGGACGGGGUUCCCCAGACGAUCACCAUGCUCAGACAGGCUGGUCUGAAAGUCUGGAUGCUGACUGGGGACAAGAAAGAAACUGCAGUGAACAUAGGGUAUUCCUGCAAACUAUUGGAUCCUGAUACCAGAUUACUCGAAGGAGAGGAACUGAGACAGCUUCUUCGGGCUCCUGAUGAAGAAGUCACUUUCUCUCAGAGCAGUGUGACGGGGUUGUGGUGUGUGGAGAUGGAGUUGGCUCGGGACAGGUCGGCACUAGUCCUCACUGGCCCUGAACUGGCCGAGUUUAACUCCAGGCCAGAGUGGGGGUCUCGGUUCAUGUCCCUAGCUGGGCUGUGCCAGUCAGUGUUGUGUUGCCGUGUCACUCCAGGCCAGAAGGCAGACGUGGUGGCCCUCAUUAGGAAACACACCAGCUCCAUCACCAUGGCAGUAGGAGACGGCGCUAACGAUGUGAACAUGAUCAAGACGGCUCAUAUAGGGGUAGGUUUGGCAGGUGUGGAGGGGGGUCAGGCGGUUCUGAAUGCUGACUAUUCCCUGGCCCAGUUCAGCUUCCUACAGAGACUCCUAUUGGUCCAUGGACGCUGGUCGUACCGUCGCAUCGCCGUCUUCCUGCGCUACUUCCUGUAUAAAACCAGCAGUUUUGCUCUAGUGCACAUCUGGUUUGGCUUCUUCAAUGGCUUCAGUGCCCAGACUCUGUAUGAGAAUUGGUUCAUCAUCCUGUAUACUGUCGUCUACACUGCCACGCCAGUACAGUGCCUCGCCAUUUUCGAGCAGGAUGUGGGUGUGGAGGGCAGUCUGAGAUGGCCGGACCUCUACAAGGCUGGCCAGAGACAGGAGCUGUUCAACCCCUUCCUACUGGCUUUCACCUUGCUAUAUGCCGUCUACACCUCCCUGGUCCUUUUCUUCGUGCCUCUGGGGGUCUUCCACAACUCUGCCCUGGACUACCAGACUAUGUCCGUCACGGUCAACAUAGCGUCCGUGCUCUCAGCCACCACCGAGAUUGUUCUUCUGACUGGACACUGGACUAAGUGGAAUGUGCUUGCCGUGUGUGUCAGCAUGAGCAUGUAUAUUGUGUGCACGCUGAUCACUCAAAGUCGCAAGCUCUUUGAGAUGUCCCCUGUUGACUACUACUUCCCUGGUGUGGCUCAAAAUGCCUUCGCCAGUCCCGUGGUGUGGUUGACGGCUCUGCUGACAGCCUGGACUGCCGUCUUACCUUCCUUCACCGUCCACGCCCUCAACAUCAUCCUCACUAAGCCAGGCCGGCACAGGGUUCACAGCAUCAAGCGUGGAGCUGUGGAGCUGCAGCAGUCUGGCUUCAGGAGAGGAGACUCCCACCGCCGCUCCUCCUACGCCAUGUCCCAGAGCAGAGGUAUCGGCCACCUCAUCACCUCUGGAGCUAGCUUUCGUAGCACAGCUCCCCCGGUGGACAGGAGGUGUACUUGAUAAUGAAGCACGGGGCAUGACAGGUCUGAACAACGCGACUGGAGGGGGGGGUGACGCUCCAGAUCAUUUUUACUUUAAAUAGUUUUGCCAGACAAAGUAGAAGUGGAAGCAUGACCUCAUCGUAUGCUGCAUAAACACUGCAAAUAGGGCCUGUCCACAGGGUCAUUGUUCAGCCCAUGAUUAGUGCUUGUUGGUUCAGCUCCUUGCAUGUAUUUGUAUUUUAUUGUAUACAUUAUAUUUCAUUGAAUAUUUGUUUAAAGAUGUAUUCAGUGAUUUUUGCCCACUGGUUGUAAAUUGGGACGGCCGAGCCCAAAAGUGUCCCUGAAGUGUGUUUACUGUAUGUCAUGUACGAACCAGUUUGUGAUUGAUGUGAUCUAAACCAAUUGCUUUCAUUCUUAUAAUUUCAAGGCUAUCUGAGGUAUGAUGAUGUUUCUACUUAUAUAUUAUGUAUAUAUGAACAGAAUACUACACAUCUAGUCCAAAAUGGGAGGUUAAGUCCCAGACUGCAUUUUUAAAAAGCUUCAUUUCUGUUUCAGCAAUCACCUAUGCUGUUGAAUCAGAUCAAUACUAUACACCUUGGGAUGCAUUGUCAUUGAUAAGACAUUAACUUAAACAUACUUUUGGAUGUUUCGGGAUUAUAUUUUCCUGC